CAGUGCUGCACCCUUCCAAAGGAAUCCUCAGCCUGGUACCAACUUCCAGCUAGCCUUGAGCAAGGAUUUCAUCAGCAGUGGGAUAGCUACUAUGACUGGAAGUGGCAGCGCCAAUCUGACCAAAGGAGCAGGGAAACAAUUCUUGACGACUGACUUGUCAAGUGUGAUUCCUAAGAUUUCUGAGAAGUUUUCUACCCCGCAGCCCUUGGUGGUAAAGAUAAGAGACUCGAAAUUUCCACUUAUUUCCAUGAAUAGCAAGAGUACUAUGGUGCAGCAAGCUCUUUUCACUGAUGUAUGUACAUCUGGACAAACUGUCCUACACUUGCAAGCUAACUCCAUCUUCAAAGCGACGCUUUCAGUUUCCGAUGGAAAACUGUUCAUCUCUUUGUCACAAAAAAGCUUUGACAUUGUUCAAGCUUCUUCAUCUAUUGGUUCUAGCAAUGCCCAGAAGCUCCAUGACUGGAUCAACAGCAUUUAUACACACAGCUACCUACCAGCCAUGAAUGGUAUGCUCAGCAGAGGAAUCACCUUGCCUUCCAUACUAAAUGACAAGUGGAUCAAAGUCAACAUUGCCCUUUUCCAGGUACUGCAAGGACACAGAAGGAUGGCCUAGUGAUUUCAAUGUGAUCAACACAGUCAGCCUUGAAACUUGAAAAACAUCCAAUAAUGAGGCAGAAUGGUUAGGACAGAUCAUCUGAUUUGUUUUUUUGAAACAAGAUUGUGUCUCCUAAUGUGCUGAGAUGUGUCGUUUUUCAGCUGAUAACUUUCAGAGUGAUGGUCCUUCAUGCAGUUUG